AUUUUUGUCUCGAAAACGACUAGCCUGGAGAAUAACGUCUCAAAAUUACAUCAGAUGGUAUCCACCGAUUUAUUGGACCAGCUCAAGUGUGUCCUGUGCCAAUCUAUGAACCAGUGGGGCUAACCCAAGCAUACAAGUAUAUCGUACUAACGUAGACAAAUUCAAAAUUACGCUGGACAAUAAGAGGAACUGAAAUGACUCAACUCUAAGCAAACCGCUAGGAGGAGGCAUCAUAGAAUGGUAUACCGAUGGUCCGUGAGUGCACGUGCAACGAAUUGCUGCUGAGAUAGUGAGAGGAAGAACGAAACACUCGACACAUAUGGUCCGUUGACCAUUUGAAGCUGAAGUGUAGAUCUAACACAACAGUCACCGAAUCAUCAGUUUUAUCAUUUAUCUCAUGGCACAAAUACUCGUGACCUUAAGCACACCGUUGCCCACAAUAGAAACAUUAGGACCAAUCGCGGCAUUGGACUAUGCGCAACAACCCAAUGAAGUGUUACCCAUCCAGCCGCUGCUACUCUAUCCGAUGCCACGAAACUUGCAGCUGCAGGGACGUGAACUCGACGACGACGACAACGAAAUAAUUUAUGUGAAACUAUUGAAGCGCAAGGCCUACCGCCCAGCGAAGCAGCAUCCCAACGAAGUAGAAGAUGGGAGCAACAGCCCGCGUGAGCUCACCAUGAAGGAUAUAUUCUACGUGAAGGCGCUGACCAAUGGCCAGUUCAGUCAUCAGCGUCUCAAAUUGUAUCGGCUACCGGAAUUCUAUGCGAUUAGUGUGUUCAGAAAAGCAGCCAAACUGUGAGCACUUCUAUUUUAAGCGACACUCUGCAGAAGAACUAUAAUUGAUUUGUUGUAUUUUAUUUUUACAUUGUAGAUGAUUAGUUUUAAGUGCUGACUUAUUGUGAUUGAUUUCUUAAUUAUAAACAUAUAUGUUUUUAUAAAUAAAUAUUUGAGUAUAUAA